ACAACUUCCUAAAGCGUAAGUUCCGUUUCCUGAUCAAAGAUGGCGCAGACUAUGAAUAUUGCUGAGCUUCCUCUACCACAGUUGGAAGUUUUGAAGAGUCAGUUAGAUCAGGAAGUGGAGUUUCUGACUUCUUCCAUCACUCAACUGAAGGUAGUGCAGACUAAAUAUGUCGAAGCAAAAGACUGCUUGAAUGUCCUCAACAAGAACAAUGAAGGAAAAGAAUUGCUUGUUCCAUUGACAAGUUCUAUGUAUGUACCUGGAGCAUUGCAUGAUGUUGAGACUGUAUUGAUUGAUGUUGGUACUGGAUAUUACGUGGAAAAGAAUGUGACAGAUGCUAAAGAUUUCUUCAAAAGAAAAACUGAAUUUUUGACUAAACAGAUUGAGAAAAUCCAGCCAGCAUUACAAGAGAAGCAUGCCAUGAAACAAGCUGUGAUGGAAGUGCUAACCCUGAAGAUUCAGCAGCUGACAGCAGUGGGAGCUUCGCAGUCUGGAACCACAACAGCUUGAUCAUUUCAACAAGUCUAAACAGCAACCUAAUAGGCCAGCAGAGUUGGAUUGUCGGAAAUUCUGACACCUUUCAUCCAGUGCCACUGUAUUUCAAUAAAAUGUGCGUCAGACAUUUGAAAACUUCCCCAGAUGUGUUUUAAUAUACUGUAGACAAAUCAAUAUUUUUCUUAAAAUGUUCCAGUAGAAGUUUAUUUUGCUGUUCCUUUGAAGGAAAGAGACUGUAUGUGCAAGAUUUGUUGGGCUGGUGCUUCUACUGAGUUCCGCAUAAAUGAAAGGACUAAUGUUUGAAAAACUGAACCUCAUGUACUUAUUUAUUUAUUUAACUAGCAGAUUUGGUUUCUUUUAAAAUAAGUUGAAAUUAACCUUCUACCCAAUGUCUGAAAGACAAAAGACUGUCUGUAGAACUUUGGAGUACAUUUUUUUAAGAUCAAUAUGUAACCCUCUGCUAGUUAGAUGUUUCUGUGUUGAGACUGUUUGACUGUAAAGUUCACUGUUCUCUUGCUGUACAUACAGAUUUUUGUGCACCAUUAAAUUAAGCUUACUGAAGCCAUGUUGAAUAAACCAAAAA